AGGUCCCUCUACGAAUAUCUCAGGAUAGACAUCGUUCGGGUCUUCUAUCAGCAAUCUGAUCGAGCAUCAACCACUCCGUUACCCAAUCACCAUGGCCUCAAGACUCAACAACCUCGCCGCCUUUCACCAGAAACUGGCCAAAGCCGAUCGUAUCCUCGCCAUCUGCGGCGCCGGACUCUCUGCCGCCUCGGGACUCCCCACCUUUCGCGGUGCCGGCGGACUCUGGAGGAACUACGAGGCCACGGACCUAGCUACGCCAGAAGCAUUUGCUUCGGAUCCCGGUCUAGUAUGGUUAUUUUACGCCUAUCGCCGCCACAUGGCCCUCCAAGCCCAACCCAACGCAGGCCACCACGCCCUCGCCGCCCUCGCCAAGAAAAACCCCAACUUCCUGUGCCUAACUCAAAACGUCGACAACCUUUCCUCACGCGCCGGCCACCAGCAGCAGCAGCAGCAACUACAAACCCUCCACGGCUCCCUCUUCACCCUCCAAUGCUCUUCCUACCCUUCACAAUGCACCUACAUUGACAAAAACAACACUCUCGACCCUCUCUGCCCUGCUCUAGCACCCGCAUCAGCAUCAGCAUCCAUCAACCCCCCGUCCAAUGACCCCCCAAACCCUUCCCAUUCCCAAUCAUCCAAAACCAUCAUCCCCUUACUAGACCCCAGCACCCCCCUCCCCCCCAUCCCCAAAUCCCACCUCCCCCACUGCCCACAAUGCAAAAAUCUACUGCGACCAGGGGUAGUCUGGUUCGGCGAGUCCUUAGAUCCCACCAUGCUGGCCGAGAUAGACGCGUGGAUCGACCAAGGAGGUCCCAUUGAUAUUGUGCUGGUCAUAGGGACCAGCAGCGUCGUCUACCCGGCGGCUGGGUACGCGGAGAAGGCGAGGACGAAGGGGAGGACGAGCGUGGUGACUGUUAAUAUGGAAGUGGACGACGUUGAAGAGGAAGAGGGAAGACCGGAAGACUUGGUGUUUCAGGGGGGAGCGGAGGAGUGGUUGCCUAGGAUGUUUGAGCCGGUGAUUGGGGUUGCGAAGGAUGAUGGGAGGUAUGAAUAGAAAGGGGGAGGGUAGGAAGGAUUUGGCAAGAGGAGUUUGAGAGGAAAAGAAGGGGAGUAUGGGAGGUGAUGGAGAUGUGAUGAAGAAUUAUGAAGAUGAGGGUGGUGAAAACAAAGUGAGUGCU